GGCAGCAGCCCGCCACCGCCGCCGCCGCGGCCGCCGCGGCCGCCGCCAUGAGCCUGGGCCCCAUGGGCACGGUGGUGAAGACCGAACCCAGCUCGCCGCCGCCCGCCAUCACAUCGCACUCGCAGCGUGCGUGCCUCGGCGACCUGCGCGACAUGAUCAGCAUGUACCUGCCACCCGGCGGGGACGCGGCUGACGCCGCUUCACCGCUGCCCGGCGGCCGCCUGCACAGCGUACACCAGCACUACCAGGGCGCUGGGACUGCGGUCAACGGAACGGUGCCGCUGACCCACAUCUGAGCGCCCGCCGGCGCGCGCCGCCCCUCCGCCCCCAUCCCGCCCCGCACCCCCAAGUUGGGACGCCUUGUCGUUUAGCUUUGCUUGCCUGGGACUGUUGCCUUGUACCGAUGAUGGGGAGGACAGAAAGUUUUGCUGUAGCUGUCGGGUUUUGUACGAAAGCAAAAAGAAGUCCUGAGCAGCGGAAAUGGGACUUUGUAGAGCUCGCCUACCCCUCGCCGCUGCCCCUCCCUCCCCUUUUGUAGGCUGGGAAUCGCUGUGAUGUUUGCAGAGAAAAAACAGCCCCCCUCCUCCUCCUGCGUUCCUGGGUUUUUCUGUUGCAUUUGAAAACGUUGUCUCGUUAGUUUACUGUUAGCCAAGGAGUGAGUGAAUAGGAGAAACGUACUCUCGGGUGAGGCUGGCCUGAGAACUGCAACGCCUCCUCCCCCCGCCCCGGCGCGUUGCAUCGGUUUUCCUGGUGGGUUUUUGGGGGGCUGACCGCGCGGAGUGGCGCGGCAGCUCAGGCCAAUGUUAAUUUAUAGCCAGGUGUGCGUGCGUCUCCCGCCUCGCCGCCCCUGGCCGCGGGACAGCUUCUGUCCAGUCCGCAUUUAGGCUGUUGAGUUGGUGAUUUCUGCCGUGAUCUGUUUGAUAUUUCGUCGCGCUAAUGUAUUCGGAUUUCGUUUGGGUGGUGGGGAAGGGGCUAUUUUGUUUCAGGUUUUUCAAGGUUUUACUCUUAAUUCCUAAAUGAGAGAUCAAUAAAUUUU